AUGGGUUUCAAAGAAAAAUUUCAAAAGUUUAAAUACUACAUUUCCGGUUCCCCCGUCAAGGGCGAACAUUACAAAGACCCGCCUAACGUGAAGGACCUUCCUCACAUGACUGAUGCGGACGGUCAAUUGGUUGCUGUGUCUUCAGGAAAGCGUGAGCUGUCGCCAGUGUUGAGUGCUACCCUUAACAUUCAGAAUUCUCACAGAGGUGAGCAAGUGAAUGAAAACGAUGACACGAUCGAGGGUGCAAUGGCAAAGGCAUGA